CGGUCGACCCCGAGCGUCGUCUUUUCGGUUCGUGGUCAAGAUCGGUGGCAUGUGGCGCAGCGUCCAUCGCCUCCAUGGCUUGACGUCCGCGCGGUCGCUCUCGACUGCGCCAGCGCUUGCUCUCCGCAGCGCUACGUUCAUCCCGACGACGAAGGAGGUUCCGGCCGACGCAGCCAUCCCCAGCCAUCAGCUGCUGGUCCGCGCCGGCUUCAUCCGCAAGACAUCGAAUGGCAUCUACAUGAUGCUGCCGCUUGCUGGCCGGUCGCUCGCGAAGCUCGAAGCCAUUAUCGACACGCAUAUGCAUGCAAUCAAGUGCUCGAAGCUGAGUAUGCCCUGCCUCCUCACGGCUGACCUCUGGCAGGAAACUGGUCGGUGGGAGUCGAGCGGUCCGGAGCUCUUCCGCGUGACGGAUCGUCGCGACGUUGCCCAUUGCCUCGGCCCGACGCACGAGGAGGUAUUCACGUCGCUCGUCGCUUCGACCGUGUCGUCGCCCAAGCUUCUGCCAUUGCGCUUGUACCAGAUCGGCCGCAAGUACCGCGACGAGAUCCGGCCGCGCUUCGGCCUCCUUCGCGCCAAGGAGUUUGUGAUGAAGGACGCGUACACGUUCGACGUUGACCGCGCCGGUGCCGAGACGACGUACCACCUCAUGGUGGACGCCUACCACAAGAUCCUUGCGACGCUUCAGCUGCCAAUCGCGCAGGUCGAAGCCGACACGGGCAACAUUGGUGGCAGCCUCUCGCACGAGUUCCACGUGCUCUCGGGCUUUGGCGAAGACGCGCUCCUGUCGUGCUCGUCGUGCACGUACGCGGCCAACGUCGAGAAGGCGCGCGGUGUCUUGCCCGCGUCGAGCAUCUCAGCCCCAAUCGCGUCGCUGGGUGACCUCGUGGCGUCAACGCAUGGAUAUGUCCCGACGCUCUACUUGGCCGAGAACAAGACGCAACUCGUUGUCGUCUUGACGCCGGAGGGUCGCGACGUGAACCCGCUUUCGCUCAAGGACCAUAUCGACGACGUCGAUGGCCUUGUCCAAGUCAAGCCGGGUCAUGUCGAGUGCGCGCUAUCGCUGCCGUCGCCUCGCAUCUUUGUCGACGCCGGCGUCGCACCGUCGGGCGGUCUCGCCGCCUUUCUCGCGGGCCAGAACGCCGUUUCCGGCCACUUUCGAUUGGCCAAGGAGCACGACGGGUGUCCGUGUUGCGAGCACGGCAAGCUCGUCGAGAAACGGGGCAUUGAAGUCGGACAUGUGUUUUACCUUGGGCACAAGUACUCCAAGGCGCUCGGUGCGACGUACGUGGACACGCACGGAAAGGCGCAGAACAUGGACAUGGGCUGCUACGGCAUGGGCGUCACGCGCCUCAUGGCCGCGUCCGUCGAGAGCCUGCAUGACAAGCACGGCAUCGUGUGGCCGGACGCCAUCGCGCCGUACAAGGCCGUCGUCAUCGGUGUCGGCAAGGACACCGAGUCGACGGCGACGGCGGUCGCCACGGACCUCGCGGCCGCGCUGCCCGACGACGUUAUGCUCGACGACCGGUGGGCCGAGCGCCCAGGCGUCAAGCUCACGGAGGCCGAGCUCAUUGGGUACACAUGGCGUAUCGUGGUCGGAAGCGGUUCGCCACCGAGGGGCUCCUCGAAGUGCUGCACCGUCCCAGCAUGAAUGUGUCCUACGUAGCGCCGUCGGAGCUGCGGGCGCACGUCGGUGCCUGAUGAUGCAGCCGUUGCUCACGCUCGGCCCUGGACCAAUAUGCAGCCGUGUUGGCAUCGACGCGACGGAGCACCGUGAUCACGAAGCACCCACGCGUAGCAAUAAUCAAGAACUUCGUUUCUACUCGUUG